AAGAGUUUUAUUCUCAUCAGCAUCAGCAUCUUCAUCUACAGCUUUAAUCCUAGUAAUAAACUUCAUUCUUACUUCCGCUUUCUCUCCGCAUCAGCAUAUCAAAUAAUCAACACAUUCACCCAACCUCCAAAACUCUUCCAAUCUUCAACACUCAGUCAAAAUGCAGUUCUCCAAGCUCGCUCAACUCCUCUCCUUCGUCGCCGCCUCGUCGGCCAUCAACGUCUCUUACGACACCGGCUACGAUGACGGCAGCCGAUCCCUAACCGCCGUCUCCUGCUCCGACGGUCAAUACGGCCUCAUCACCCGCUACGGCUGGCAAACACAAGGUCAAAUCCCCACCACCUACAUCGGUGGCGCUGACACAAUUCCCGGCUGGAACUCUCCUAACUGCGGUACCUGCUACGAACUAACCUGGAACGGCAAAUCCAUCAACGUCCUCGCCAUCGACCACGCCGCCAACGGUUUCAACAUCGCCCUCGACGCCCUAAAUGCCCUAACCAACGGUCAAGCCGUCGCUCUCGGCCACGUCGACGCCACAUCCCGCGUCGUCGAGGGUACUGCCUGCGGUCUCCCCGCAUAAACAGCCUACCUACUAACCACUAGCUCUUUACCUUUUAACAAAACCGGUGUUGGGGACGGAUAGGAAGGGGAUGAGGCGUGCGAGCGAAAUGAAAUUUGUCUGGCAAUGGGGAAUUUUUAUAACGGGAAACGGGAUAACGGAUACGCAUAACAAAAAAUUACCUACUUAAUGUUCAUUCCUUAAUCUAUGCAGCAUCAACAUCAUCAUUUACUUCGGCAACUACAGCAUCAGGAUUGGCGUAGGCUUAUCACUGUUUUUAUUUAUCAUAUACAAAACAUUUUUGGAACCAAAUCAAAAGGGUAGCAUUCCUUAGGAGCAACAGCAUAACUCAUUAUUUACUCUAGAUCAUCAACAUUCAAAAAUCAGACAUCUGGUUCGCACCUUUCGAACUAACCUUUGGAUUUUUACUUAUUUACUUAGACAUUAUCGUGACACUUAAGACUGCACACCAAAAAUUGAAAUCAUACGAAAAUAUUAUUAUAGCUGUCUAACCUCCACACCUCAGCUCUCCUCGAUCCUUAAGCGAUCG